AUGAUGCUGCAAGAGGUAAACAACAAUUCUGCAUUGAUGUGGACACAGUUGUGUCUAUCAGCCUGCGGAAUCGUUCUGAACAUAUUGUUUUUAUGGAUAACAGCAAAGACAAAAGAGAAAAGAGCUCUGAUCGAUUCUACUAUCAUCCUAGCGUGUGCUGCCAAAUCUCUCAUAGGCAUGAACAUGUUGGUUGAAUUGCUGUCGCCAUAUUUUUCAAAUAACUUAGACUUGUUCAAGAUUUUAGAUAUCACAGAAUUUCUUCUAGAUAGUUUUUACCUGAUCAACUUAUUGAUACUCAACAUAUUUCGGUAUCGAGUCCUACGAAAUAUGCACACCCCACAAGAUCAUAAACUACGCUGUCAUCAGUCGAAAAAGUGCAUACUAAUUGGAAUAGUGCUGAUAGUUGUAUGCACCUUUACCUAUGCAGUUGCGAUGUGGCUAAAAGACGAUCGGGGAGAGUUGGUUAGAAUAAUAAUGAUUAAAAUAGUAUACACACUUAUGAAAAGUAUACCCUGGACAUUGAUAGUAACUCUCAAUUUUUUGAUGUUGGUAAAAAUAUCUUUUCUUUUAUACAAACGACGUAUAACUGUCAAUCCUGAAGUGCAAAACAUAAGUCGUCAUAACUCCUUUAGAUGCAGAACUUUAUUGAGACAAUUCACACUGUCAUUAAUUCUACAGACCAUUCUGUUCAUAUGUCCCAGCAUGCAUAUUUACCCAGUAGAAUUUGUAGCUCUCAUCUUCAAGAAAUAUGGAUCAAAACUAAACGAUAUUUACUCUUCUAUGAGAGUUGUCCUUGUUGUGUUAAAUCCUGCCAUGUUCAGUAUUAUCCUCCAGUCAAAAUAUAAUAUUGUCAAGACAUGUCGACUCGAAAUGAGACGAGCAAGUACUGCUGUUAGGAAUAUGUUGGAUGGUAGCGUCCUGAAAAAUGCUCAGAAAAACGAAACUUCUCAAGAUAAACACCUGGAAAUGAAAAGUUAUUUGGUAAACAGCACAAACAAACACCUGAAACAACAUAAUAUUUUUACAGUAUUUCCUCCAACUUCGACAUCACCAAGUACUCCUAACAGUGGGAACACACAAAGUCAUAAAAGCUUUAUAUUUAAUGAUUCAUUAGUCGAUAUAAGAUCUGUUAACAGUUUGAAAUCGUUCCAAGACAGAGGAGAUGCAACUUCGUUUUUCUGUCCGAAAAGGUUUAUAGAAAGAUUAAAUACAACACCUUCAGUUGAUUUAAGCCUACAAAGUAUAACAUCAAGCAUGCAUUCACGGACUCAUGAUAUGCACAAAUCACCAAGCGUAGAACUGGUCGAAAAUCUUCCACCACUGGUCACAGAUAAAACGUCUGGUUCCUUACCAGACGUAUUACAGCAUGGAUCAACAUUAUUUUGUUUCGAACAAGUAAAUUGCAGUGAUAGAAAAUCGUCUUUAUCAAGAAUGAACUCAGACAGAACUGAAGAGGAACACCUACCGGGAAUAUUAAAAUACAAACAUGCUAAAGAUAAACCAUUAUCGGACAGUAGUGGAGACACAUUAAGUGAAUACGACCUUGCAGAGGCACUAAAAUUCUUAUAAGAUGUAAAACUAACUUUUUAUGACAUGAAUUUUU